AUGGCGCGAAAAGAAGAGCCCAAGAUACAACCGAACAAUGAUUUAGAAAAGAAAAUUAUUGAAGCAUUUGAAGUAUUUGAUCACUCUGGAAAACAAAUUGUGGACGUAAGAGAAAUAGGCACGAUACUGCGUUCAUUAGGCUGCUGUCCAACGGAAGCCGAAAUACAAGAAGUAAUUUUAGCAACCGAGAAUAAGGAGGCAACUGGAAAUGUACCGCUCGCCAACUUUUUGCCUUACAUGUGUAAAAUGAUGAUAGAACGCAGGUUUUAUCCAGCAAGUGCUGAGAUGUUACUAGCUGCUUUUCGCUACUUUGACAAAGAAAGCCGUGGGUAUCUCACUAAAGAAAGAUUUACUCAGUUGAUGCUUGAAGAAGGCGAACCAUUCACUCAGGAGGAGCUUGAUGAAAUGAUGCAAACUGCUUUGGACCCUGUUACAAAUACUAUCACAUACGAAUAUUAUAUAAAUCAACUCAUGCAGCGGACAAUGAAUGACGAAGACAUUUCGACACUCUUAUGGCGGUUAGAAAAUGGAGAGGUAUCAGAAGAUGAAAGUGAUCUAGACGAGGAUGCCUUAGACUAUUAUGAUAAUGUCGGUGAGUUGCAAGCAGAUCUUGAAAGAGAGAACCAAAUACUAGAAGAAAUAUUGACCGAAAAUGAUGGGACAGCCCCUGAUCCUCCACUAAUAUUUGAUGAACUAGUAGAAAACCAGCCCCAUUCCAACGCCACUCCUAGUCUACGGGAUUUGAUAUGGAAAAAGAAGAAUUUGGAUUUGGUGGAUCAGGCUUUUACAUUUCUUGGAUGUACUGACUACACUCCGAUUAUUAUGAAUUUAUCUACUCCUUAUCAGUAUUUUUCAUACUUUUUUGAUGAAAGUUUACUCGCAAGAAUCGUUACUGAAUCUAAUAAAUAUGCUAUACAAAAAAAAUAUUAA